UUAACAAAAGCGAAUACUUUUUAUAUUUGCAAGUCAAAAGUAACGUUGGUUAUCCUAAGACAUUUUCCCUCACAUUACCAACGUGAUUUAAGAAAAGCUGUUUGCCUUAGCCUCUCCUCUCUGUAACAAAUUGGCGCUCAAAAGUAAACGAGCGUCUUGGAACAUUACUUAGUUUGCUCCUAAAGAUAUCUACGGAAUCAUGACCAACCGCCUGGAGACCAAAUACGAGAACCUGAGCAGCAUUUUUCGGCUAAAGGGACAUGACUACCAAAAGCAGUUCUGCCACCUGUAUGCCCAUCGCUUGGCCGAGAUGACGCGUCUCCUAACGCCGCUGGCCCAGAAAAAGUGGGGCAGCAAGGAGCCCAUCAAGAAACUGUGUGAGCUGCGGGGCGAACAGGACGUGCACUGCAUCCUUAUCGGCACCAUUUUCAAGCAUCAGGCUCACAAGCCCAGUAUCCUCCGGGACAUUUCUGAGGAGAAUCAGUUAGCGCCACAACCGCCAAGACAGAACUACUCGGAUCCGGAGGAUAAGAUUGUUCUCGAGGAUGAACUGCAGCGGGUUCGACUUCAGGGCGAGCUAAAUGGACAGCUCUUGGCCACUGGAGUUGUGUGCGCUGCCCUCGGUGGAACAGACAGCGAUGGAUUUUUUAACGUGGAGGAUAUACUCUUUUACGAAAGUGGACCUCAGAAGCCACUGACCCCCAUUAAAAGAAGCCGUCUCCUGGUGCUUGCGUCUGGGUUGGACCAACUGCAGGCCCACAAAUUUGUGGAUGCAUUGAAUCUUUUUCAGUACUGGCUGGCCGGCAGUCUUGGCAACAACAAGGAAGCGGGCUCCAUGGUGCGUCUUAUCGUGGCUGGAAACUCGGUGAGAGCUAGUGCCAUGGCACAUGUGCCCACCCUCCAGGUGGCACGCACCCAGGCGAACGCCAAUGACACAGUCCAGGCCGUGUCCCAGCUAGACCAGUGGUUUGCUUCAUGGGCACGCAGUCUGCCCGUCGACAUAAUGCCGGGAGCCUACGACCCGGCCAACUUUAUGCUGCCCCAGCAGCCGUUCCACAAGUGCAUGUUUCCCCAGGCUGCUCAACUGGCCACCUUCCAGGCGGUGACUAAUCCGUACAGCUGCCGGCUGGAUGAGGCCCUGGUGGUGGGCACAUCUGGCCAGAAUGUAUCGGAUCUGUUGCGCAGCACUUCGCUGCACUCUGCGAUGGAGGCCCUACGCUGCACCCUCACCUGGGGACACGUUGCUCCCACAGCACCGGACACUCUGGCCUGCUACCCGUAUAUCGACAGUGAUCCCUUUAUCCUGCGCGAGUGUCCGCACGUGUACUACGCCGGCAACUGCGAGUCCUUUGCGACCGAGCUGCACGAGGGCGCCGAAGGCAAGCGCACCCGCCUAGUCUGCGUGCCCAGCUUUAGCAAAACGCAGAGUGUGGCCGUUGUGGACCUGGAUACGCUGGAUUGCCGCAUGGUCAACUUUAGCGUAGAUGCAGAAUAAGAAAUUACAUUAAUACAAAUAAUACACUCUGUUAAGUCUUGAGAA